UUACAAACCUUGUUUAUUGGUCACUCACUUUACGAAACAUUUCACCGUUGCCACUGGACGUCAGCCUCCGUCAGACUCCGUUAACAGCGUCAGAUUUUUGAUGACGUGGCAAACGGAAAAUCUGACUGGGCCGACAGAAAGGCUGAAUAAUUUCGUAAAGUAGGUGCUGACAUGGAAUGGGCGGGAAAAAAUUAUUUCCCCCCAUUUUCUCUGUCAUUUUGAAUGAGAUUUACAUAUUUAAAUGGUUUUUCCUCCAAAAGACUCUUCCCAUCUCCAUUUUCCUUCUGCCUGCUUCUCUAUCUUCUUCUAGCUUCCAUUUUCCUUCAACGUCCUUCUCUAUCUUUUUCCUUGUCCUUCUCUAUCUUCUUCCUCGUCUUCUUCAACACAAAGUGCUAUUUGGAGACUGUCGAUCUGAGCCAUGGCUACUCCAUGUUGUCACUGUAGGUACCCAACUGAUUUGAGGACUAGCUGGACCGAUGCCAAUCCUGGACGGAGAUUCUAUGGAUGUAGCAAGUUUGGGACGAACAAAGCAUGCAAUUAUUUUCGAUGGUAUGACCCAGCUCUUGAUGAGCAUAUGAGAUGCAUUGUUCAGAAUUUCCAUCGUCGUAUAAGAGAGUUAGAGAGAAGACAACCGAGGGGAGCAUACAAAAUAAGCUUCAAAAUGGCUUCCAUCCUCACUGUUGUAUUCCUUGUUGUUGUUUUCAUUCUGCUGGAAAAGUAGCAAUGUGUGUUAGAAGAAGAAUAUGAUGUUUCAUUGGUAUCACUAGAAUAGUAUUUUUCUUUCAUCUGUACUACUAGAAUGUUGUUUUCCUUUCAUCUGUACCACUGUAAUAUUGUUUUUCUUUUCACCAAGGCCACUCCAAUUUUGUUUUCCUUUCAUCUGUACCACUGUAAUAUUGUUUUUCUUUUCACCAAGGCCACUCCAACGUUAUUUUCUUUUCAUAUGUGUCACUGCAAUGUCAUUUUCCUUUAUUUUGUACCACCUUGAUCAGACCAUAACCUGACACCAUAGAUUGGAAACAAAAGCCAUUCAUCUUU